AUGCUCCCUGUAAGACUCUCGCCCAAGCGAAUAAUCGCCUUCUUGUGCACUUUGAUAAUAUUCAUCACUGUGGGCUUGUUGACCUUCCAUGAGAACAUUCCCGAGACAAAAUUCACCGAAGGGUUUAAGUCUUUAACGGAUAAAUUCGACUUUUCGUAUCUAUCCAAAGAUCAAUUGGAUACCCAUGGUUACGUGAUCGAACGUGGUAACGUUCAAUUCAAAUUCUUGGAUAAUUCUAAGAAAUCAGCCUUGAAUUGGAAAUCUGAUGCUAAGGAGUCUCUCAAAGAAUAUACAAAAAUUUAUGAAGAAGAGAUGGCAAGGAAAGUAGAUGAACCUAAGGAUUUUGAUAUGGAAUCCAUUCGUCCUCCGCUUCCGGAAAACUUGGACACAUAUGAACGGGCCAAUGCAACCAUUAUAGCGUUGGUCCGCAACAAUGAAGCUAGUCAUAUCGGAAGUUCGAUAAGAAAAUUCGAAAAAUCAUUUAAUGGUAAAUUUAAAUACCCAUACACAUUUUUAAAUGAUAGACCAUUUACCAAGAGAUUUAAAGAAUCUAUGAAAAAAUAUACCAAGGCUCCAAUGGAAUUUGUCACCAUUCCUGCAGAGCUCUGGGAUAAGCCAGAGUCUGUGGAUGAAAACAAAGAAAGUGAAGCAAUGAAAAUCAUGACCAACAACGAUGUGGCGUAUGCCAAUAAACAGUCCUAUCACAACAUGUGUCGGUUUUAUCUGGGGAAUUUCUACAAUAUUCCUGAACUAGCCAAAUACAAGUACUAUUGGAGAGUGGAACCAAGUGUUGAAUUCUAUUCUGAAUUGAAUUAUGACGUUUUCAAAUAUCUCGCAGGUACGAAAAAGAAGUAUGGAUUUGCACUCAAUUUGUAUGAUAUCCAUGAGACUGUGGCCACUUUGUGGCCAGAAACACUUAAAUGGCUUAAUGAAGACGAUAACUACAAGUAUAUUAACCCUAAUGGAACCUUCCAGUGGCUCUUGACAGACAAAGUACACCCCGAGGCUACGAAAAAAUCUCAUGGAUACUCAACUUGUCAUUAUUGGUCAAACUUUGAGAUUGCAGACAUGGACUUUUUCCGGUCAGAACCAUACAAUGAAUGGUUCAAAUACUUGGAUUCUACGGGGAAAUUCUACUACGAACGAUGGGGGGAUGCACCGGUGCAUUCCAUGGGGUUGGCCUUGUUCUUGGACCAAAGCGAGAUCCAUUGGUUCAAAGACGUGGGGUAUUUCCAUGAUCCGUACUUCCAUUGUCCCAAGAGUGAUACAAAUAAGGGGGAUUGCAAAGUGGGUAAAUUCAGCAAAUGGGAACAUUUGGAGAAUCAAAACUGUAUGGGUGCAUGGUUGAAGUAUUCCAAGGUUGACUCUGUAUUCUAG